AUGGUCGGCGGCGGCGUUCAGACGGACAAUAUCGUCCAUCGCAUGGCGAUGGAGGAUAAGGUCCCAUGGCAUAAGAAGAGGAAUUUGCGCUACCUGUACUUCAUGCUAUUUCCGUGUUUGAUGGGAAUCGAAAUGACCUCCGGAUUCGAUUCGCAAAUUAUCAACGCCGUCCAGCUAGUUCCCGCGUGGAGUAACUAUUUCGGACAUCCAACGGGUGGUUACAAAGGCAUAUUGGCCUCGGCAUUACCGCUCGGCUCCGUUAUUGGUCUUCCUUUCAUCCCGCUCCUGAACGAUAACCUGGGUCGACGAUGGUGUGUGAUGUUUGGCAGUGUGGUGAUGAUCAUCGGGUCCCUAAUCCAGGGUUUCGCUGUCAACGGCGCGAUGUAUAUUGUCUCUCGGCUUAUCAUUGGGUUCGGACUUCCCUACGCUAUUGUUGCAGGAUCAAGUUUGAUAGGAGAACUUGCGUAUCCUAAAGAGCGUGCUAUUCUGACAUCCCUGUUCAACGCGGCCUACUUUAUCGGUGCUAUCGUGGCUUCAUCUGUAACUUAUGGAACUCAGCAAAUCCCAUCAGACUGGUCCUGGAGAGUUCCUUCCCUUCUUCAAAUGUCGCCCUCCCUAUUACAGGUUGCCUUGAUUCUGUUUCUUCCUGAAAGUCCUCGAUUCUUGAUUAGUAAGGAGCGAUAUGAGGAAGCCUUCAAAGUCCUAGUUACAUACCAUGCUGAGGGUGACGAAAAUUCGGAGUUCGCCAAGGCGGAAAUGGCCGAGAUUAAAACUACUAUUGACAUCGAGAUGGAACAUUCGAAGCGCUCUUGGAUGGAUAUGUUCAGCUCAGCAGGAAACCGAAGACGUGUGAUUAUAGGUUCUCUCGUAGGUGUUAUGUCGCAGCUUUCCGGAAACGUGGUUAUCUCCUACUACUUGGGCGACAUCCUUAACCUGAUCGGCUUUACGGACCCCAGCUUCCAAGCCAAAUACAACAUCGGGAACCAGGUGUGGGGUUUAGUUUGUGCCGUAUUGACCGCACUUCUGGUAAUGAGAUUCCGCCGGCGAACAAUGUACUUGACGUCCAUCAUUGGAAUCUUGGUGAUCUAUGUAGCAUGGACCAUCUCCGCGGCAGAGGCUAUCGUGGGAGGUUCAAAAGCUGCGGGUAAACUCUGCUUGUUCUGGAUCUACGCAUACCAACCAGCCUACAACAUUGGUUUCAAUGCUCUCACAUACACGUACCUUAUCGAGAUUUUCCCGUAUGCCAUGAGAGCUCGUGGAAUUUCAAUCUUCCAGUUCUUUGGAAAAGCCUCCCAGUUCUUCGGUACUAACGUGAACCCUGUUGGUUUGGACCCAGUUACCGGCAUCGGCUGGAAGUUCUUAAUUGUGUACUGCUGUUGGAUUACCGUCGAGGCCGUUCUCAUUUAUUUCCUCUGGCCCGAGACUUCGGGCCGUACCCUAGAAGAGCUUGCCUUCUUGUUCGAAGACGACGAGCGUGCUCACGCUGCGACGGAAGCUGUCGAGAAGCAAAUCCAUCAUGAGGAAGUCAACCACCACGAGGAGGUAGACGUAUCCAAAACGGCUAGCAAAGACCAAGUUUAA